UCAAGACACUAUUUUAAAGCGAACAGGAGCCGAGAAGACCGUCAAAACAGGAAAGUCGGCGGAAACAAACUAUUUAAAGGGGAAGGACACGGGAGGUUCUUCAGCAGGUCACAGCGUGAUAGUGUAAAUGCGCAUUAUUGUAAUAUUGUAAGAGUGUAACAGUAGUGUCAUAGUUUAACAAUAACACGACUAACAAGUUUGCCGGCUGCCUUCCGAACUCUUCCCGUUUUAGCGGUGCGCUUUGCCUUUAAAAGCUGCGCAGAUAGGCGGACGCGAGACGCACUUCGGCUCCCGGUCCACGCCCCCAGCCCCAGUACGGACCGGGGCAUUGGAUAUGACGUGUUUGGAAUCGCGUUGUAAUGUUCGUGUUCAAAUAAAAACGGGGGUGACGAGGUGUGCGAUGGGAGCUCGUGACUGACAUUUCCGAGGGGGAGGGAAUAAGGAGACCCAAUGUCCAGGAGGAAUAUUAGGGAGGACGACGAAGGCGACCAGCAGGAACCGCUGCUCGGCGCCAUCCCCUGGGACCCGGAGCCAGGAGGUGAAGGCGAUGACGGCGGUGACCCCGAGGAGACGAAGCUCUCCUACGAAGAGGCCGUGGAGAAAGCAGGUUUCGGUUUAUUCCACGGCCUCCUGUUGGGGGUGUGCGGAUGGGCCAACGCGAGCGAUGCUGUGGAGAUCCUGUGCGUGUCCUUCUUGCUGCCCACGGCGCGGUGUGACCUGCGGCUCAGCUCUUCCGACAUGGGGGUGCUCAACGCCAGCAUUUUCCUGGGGAUGAUGGUGGGCGGAUGCCUGUGGGGUUCCCUGGCUGAUCAGAGGGGCCGCCGGAAGGUCCUCGUGGUUUCUCUGGCUGUGAAUGGCAUUUUUGGGGCUCUGGCAGGCCUAGCCCCCAACUUCUGGAUGUUUCUAUUCAUGCGCAUCGUCAGUGGCCUGGGGGUGGGCGGUUCCAUCCCAGUUGUCUUCUCCUACUUCUCGGAGUUCCAGCCACGCAAGCGCAGGGGGAUGAUGAUCAGUGCGUUGGCCACCUUCUGGAUGGCAGGAAACAUCCUGGCUGCAGGCCUUGCUUGGCUCAUCAUCCCCAGUUCCUUUUCUGGCUUCUGGUUGGGCUCUCUGCACUUCCAGAGCUGGAGGCUCUUUGUGAUGCUCUGCUCCAUCCCCAGCUUGUCCUCGGCGCUUGUUUUCGGGCUGGCCAUGCCGGAGAGCCCCAGGUUCCUCAUGGAGGCUGGACUCGAGGAGGCAGCUAUAGAGGUGUUCCAGAAGAUGUUCAGAAUGAACCAGUGGGGUAGCUCCAGACCCCUCCUAAUAUCUGGUCUGCAAACUACUUCUGGAUGCAAGAAUCAGAGAGGCAAGGCAGCCAGUGGUUCAAGACUGCAACACAUUGUUUGCCUCACCAUACGGGGUCUGGACCCCAUGAGGCAAAUUUUCUUCAGACCGCUGACCUCUAGAAGCAUUGUUCUGCUCAUCAUAUUCUACUGCAUAUCCUUCGGGUACUACGGCCUUUGGAUGUGGCUCCCUGAAUUGUUCCGAAGGAUGGAGAUGGGAGGUCUGCCGUGUUCCAAUGUGUCUCAUGGUGCUGUUUCUCCAGACUCCCAGAAUGAGAGCUGCUACCCCGUGAAGACAGCAGUCUACAUGGAGGGAUUCAUCACAGCAGCUUCCAACUUGCCAGGAAACAUCUUCACCAUCCUGCUGAUGGACGUUGUUGGGGGGAGGGUACUGCUCUCAUGCAGCCUGCUGGUUUCAGGAGUCAGUGUGUUCUCCGUGUGGGCCGUGAAGACCAAGACCCAGAGCCUUGUCAUGUCCUGCGUGUUCAGCGCGGUCUCCGUUGUUGCCUGGAAUGCACUGGACGUGGUCAGCACCGAACUCUACCCAACAGCGCUCAGGUCUUCAGCUUUGGGGUUCUUCACCGGCAUUGCCAGAGUGGCUGCCCUCAUGGGCAACCUGGCAUUUGGCCAGCUGGUAGACACAAACUGUGCCAUCCCUGUACUGCUGGUGGCAGCAUUGCUGGCCUCUGGAGGGAUCACUGCUCUCAAACUGCCCCAAACCAAGCAGGCUGAGCUCAUGUGAUGUCACCUGGACCAACCAGAGCCCUCAAGGGUUGAUCCAGACCAUUCUAAAUGCUGGGUGGAAUCCAUUCAAGCCCUUGAUAGCUCCCUGAACAUUGACCAAAGAACAGACAAGUCAAAUCACAAGUGCAGUAGGUGAAGCUGUACAUUAGAGACAAAAUAUUUCAUACUUUGUCUUGUGCACAGAAAAAUUGAACUGGUUUCCAUGAAGCUGGGAAAGUCACUAAAUCUAAAUGAAACCAAUAAAGGGAUAUAAUAGUUCACGUUGCUGAAGCUGACACUGAAAACCUAAUGCCAUAGCCAUUCCAGUGCUUGUCAGUUGACUCAAUAUAAAACCCUCAUGUGGUUACUAACGCUGCUGUAAGCAACUAUGUACAUCUCUAGCUGUAAGUAUAAUCUACAUAAACACAUAGGAUUAUAAGUUAAGGUACUAGGUGAGCUCUCUAGAACUUAAAGAUGCAAAAUUCAGCCUCUGAGUACAACAGCAGAGCUUGAGCAGAAUGUGACUGUUGAAGCCAUAGCUCAUGCUUAUUUGAGCAAUUAUGCAAUUAGCAAUCAGACCCAUUUACAGACUCCAGAAUCAUUCCAGGACAGGCUAUUUGAUCAAUCCUUAAGUGAGCAAGACCCCCCAUCAAGUGUUCUAUCCCUAGAGGGCCAGAAUGACCAAGGACACACAAGGCAAAUGAUACAAUGACAGUUUGUUCAAGUGGAAUCUUUGUCUUUGCACAUUAUUCUUACAAUAAUGUAUCUAUUGAUGGAACAAAUUUCUUAAUUUUAGGCAAAUGUGACUUUGCCAAGACUAGCAAUUGAAACACGUAAAAUAGCUGUCAUCACAGCAUUGUCACAUACUUAGUUACUGACCUUCCUGCUGAUUUUCAAUCAAAUUAAUACAACCAAUAUAGCUGAUGCACAAUUGUUUUAAGAUUGUAAUCUGAACUCUGUAUGAUGGCUGGUCAAGUGCCUUCCCUUUUCUGAAACUGGAACCUGUUACAGAGGUG